AAUCAUGCACACAAUUCACAGUUUAACCGGGAAAGCACUGAUAGUCGGUUGUUUUUAAUAUUUAUUCGCAAUGAAAUAAAAUUAUAAAUCUUUUCUGUUUAAUAAGAAACAAAAAAAAUAUAAAAGAAAAUGAAUCUUUUGUCGGGUAUUUUUCUCUUCUACUUUGGCUACGCAGUGUCUCUGAGUAUCAAUCUUGGUCGGGAAUGUAAUGUAAAUAGUACCAGUUGCACAUUAUCUGGCUAUACCGAUAGCUUGGAUAUUGUAAAUGAUUCCAACAGAAUUCUUCCAUUCACUGAAGUUGUUUUCAAACAUACCCGUCUUCAAUGGAUACCAUUAACAUUAUUUCCAAGUGUUCCUAAACUCAGACGCUUAGUGGUGUAUAAUUGUGGCUUGAGGAGUCUUCAACAGAUAACCUUUUCAGCGGCGAAUAACUUGCAAUUUCUAUUUUUACUCAACAAUCGUUUGACAGAGUUGCCAGAGAAGAUAUUUGUCAAUCUUACUUCGAUCCAAGAUAUUCGUCUUGCUAGCAAUCACAUAUCUCACAUUCAUCCUAAGGCUUUUGCGGGCCUAAGAGAACUUCGUCAUUUGGAUCUCAAUAGCAAUAAAAUCCACGAGUUAGCAUCGGGAGUUUUUGAGAACCUCACCAACUUGGAAUACAUUGAUCUCAGUUACAAUUACAUUGAAACAUUUGAAAGUGAUAUAUUCGCCAAAGUUCCACAACUCAAAACUAUCCUCCUGAACAACAAUAACUUUGCGGUCUUUCAGAGUGACAGCUUAGUCAACAUGGCGCAUCUAACUAUGCUUGACAUUUCAAACAAUGCUAUAAGUUCAAUUGAUUUGCAGUCUGUGGAUACAUUACGUGCUCAGAACUCACAAUUGCAACACUGCGUCAUCAACGGCAGCGUUAUCAGGGCACGAGUCAGCAGCAACCAGCUAAAGAGCAUCAGCAUUAGCGAUAAGAAGUCAGUGAAGGAAAUCGAUGUGCAUAAUAAUCUCUUCGAGACGCUGUCAGAUUUCGAGGGCAUGAUGAAUUUACAAAAGCUGGAUGUAUCAAAAAAUGCAAUUAGAAGUUUAAACAGUACAAAUGGAUCGUUAUUGUUGAACUUGCCGAGUUUGCAAUAUUUGAAUGUCGCUUAUGGAGAGUUGGAAACAUUGGCAGAGGAGAAUUUUGUUUUGCUUGACAAAUUGACACAUCUAGAUUUGGGUUAUAAUCGUUUGAAAUAUUUGGAUGUAAAAGUAUUUGAGCCGCUAGUGGGUUUGGAAAAGUUAUAUCUGCAAGAAAAUCACUUAAAAUUGUUUGACUAUGAAUCGUUCCUUCGAACGCAAGUUAAUGUGAAGGAAAUGGGCAUAUUCGGGAACAAUUGGUCUCAACCGCUAUUGAAGAAAAUGACAGAUACUUUAACAUUUAACGGUAUAAAGUUGGUGGUUCAUCCGAUUCAAAAUGAAGCUGGUGAAUUGUUGGCUCAUUUGGUCACCAGUCAUCCUCAUCAUACAAUUCAUGCGAAAACUUUAGAACAUGAAGCAGAUUUUAUGGCAGCUCAUACGCACGUUAAUAAUCUUGAUGUUUUGAUUGUUGUGACAUUGUGUCUGGUUUUUGUGAUUUUGGUUUUGCAAGUUUUACGAAUUGUCAAAGAAGAGAAUUGGUUUGCUUUGUUUCGCCAACGUUUGCAAAGGGAUGUUGGAUCGACGCGGCUUAACGAAGAGGAAUCAGGACCAUUUUAAAAUGUAGUUAAAGAAGUUUUGGAGGAAGUAAUUUGUGAUAGUUUAAAAGUUGGAAGGAAAUAAUAAAAAAAAAAGAUUU